AACCUAUCUGAAAUAAUUUUGAUUAUAUUUCAAAUAAGGAAAAGAGAAGUUUUUGUUGACGUAGAAGUAAAUGCUAAAAUGUUUAAAUGAUUGUAAUUAAUAUUACAAUAUGCAUAAUUAUUAAAAUCUGCGAUUUCUAUCUGCGAUGACAGUAAGUACAAAUCAAUUAUACCUUUAGUACAAUCAUGGCUUUUGGCAAAUUUAACGAAUUACGCAUAUACCAGUUUCUAUGACUACGCUGAGCAAAACAUUUCUAUUCCCCGGCCAAUACUUCACCAUCACUAUUAUCAAAUAAACGCGUAGCUGUUGUACUGUGUCCAUUGCUCCGAUCUAUAACAUUCAAUUUUCAACGGAAAUGGAUUUCGAGAGAAAUGAUUCUGGUAAGAUAGGAGAACGACCGAUAACGCGGUGGCGACGGGAUCAGGAAGAGCCGAGUACUUCGAGUAAGAUCGACAGGCCACCAACCGGCAUUGUCAGACCUCAAAGCAAGUAUGAGAGACCGAGAUCUCGACGAGGAUACAAGAAUGAAUCAUCAGAAUACGUCAGUUCGGCGACUUAUCGUUCGGCGACACCCGGACGCCUCGCCCUCGCAAGACCGCCGUCGGCGUCUCUUUUAUCUAAUCGGGCGCCAACCGCGAGUACAGGUAUCUCCAGAAUGGGUUCUGGACUGGCUCGUUCCAACACGGGAUUUGCAACCGCCAAGCAAUUCAACGUCAGUAUGCUGGAUAGACCGAUUACACAGCAUGGAAUAGCAGGCGUGCGACCGGGUACCACCAGGGGUUUGCCGAUGACGAGGCAAAUUCAAGACAAGAGAUACUAUGAAGGUCUAUUGCAGCUGAAAAUAAGAGAAUUGACACAGGAGAUCGGAACGAUAAUGAAGGAUAUUGAGAUGCAAAACAAGGAGAAGGCCACGUUUCUGCACUAUGACAAGAGAGCCAAGAGUCUGGCUGCGGAGUUGACGACUUUGCAAGCCGAAUUAGCGGAUUACAAUCUUGUUGUGGACAAGAUGACCUUAGACGUCAGUAAGGAGGAGAUCGAGCAGGAGACUAAGGAGUUGGCAUUGAUGAAUGAACGUAGAAUGGCAGAAGUCGAACGGAUGUUUGAACAAAGAAAACAAAUGGAACAGAAACUCCAUAAAAUGGAGAAGGAUAUUGAGAAUGAAAAAAGGACCGAACGUAUAAUCGAGAACAUGGAUCCGCACACAAAGGAGAAAUAUGAUGAUCUGUUUCGACAGAAAAUGGAAUUGCAAGAACAAGCACAACAGAUACAGCGAGAAUUGGAUCAGCUGUCAAAAGAGCAAGCGCAUUUGGAGGAACAGAUCGCUCUGUCGCAACUGAAGCAAGAGGCAGUGAAACUGCAGGUGAGAAUUAUCGAAGCAGAGGAGAAACGUGACAAACUACAGGAAGAAGAACGCAAAAGAUUAUCACCGGAAGACGAGAAAGAACAACUUCUGCAGAAGAUCAAACGCGAUAAUAUCGACAUCGCCGCAACGGAGGCGCAGAUAGCCGAAAAGGAGAAAAAAAUGAUGGAAUUGGAGCAGGAGUUAGAGCAGUUAGAGACUGACAUGGAAGAUAAUCAAUCGGAGAAACAGAUGAAGUAUCAAGAAUUGCGUAAACGUGAGGAGAUGAUGGAGGAGUUCAUGUCUACGUAUGAACAGAGCAAGCAAGACGAAAUGGCAAAAUUAGAAAAACUUGAGCGUGAGAUUGUUGAUAAGUUAGAGACCGUAGCAAAUGCGGUGGAGAACAACGAGUAUCUCACAGAAGCUGAAGAAACAGCUAUUUUGCGUGACAAAUUUCCAUACAACGAUUACGAGACGGAGCAUCGUGAUGAUGACUUUGAAGAAUUGAAAAAAGACUAUGCGACUAUGCAACAGACAUUCAACAGACUAAGGAUCCUCGAGGAGAAGUUGCAACUUGAAUCCAAACAAAUGAAAGAGAAAUUGAAGAAGCAACAGAGCGAAUUGAUUGUUCUGGAGGAUCUGGAUGGUUUGAAAACACGAAAUGAACUCGAACGAGACGAGUUGAUUGCCGAACGACAAGAAUUGAUGUCCGAGGAAUCGGUCUGUGAGGACGAACUUAAAUCACUGAGAAAAGAAUAUAGCGAGCUCAAAGAGCGAUUGGAGAAAUAUACAAUAUAUCCGGAAAUCAGCAAUUUAGAAGAUAAAUUAGAAACAUUAAAAAAUGAUAAUAAAAAAAUCGAGGAAUUUAUAGCUAAAGAAAAGGAACGUAUUAAUUACGAGCCACUCAAAGAGAAAGCUUUUAAAUUAAUUAAUGAUUAUGGUGCAUUACUCCAGGAAAAUCUAAAAUCUCUUUAUUAGAUAUACUUUAUUUUUUUACU